AUGGUGCUGCUGGAGGUCCUGGAGCUACUCGAGCUGCUGGGGGUACUGGAGCUGGAGGUGCUGCUAGCGCUGGUGCUACCGCUGGGGGUGCUGGAGCUGUCCCUGCUGUGUCUGGAGUCGCUACGCGGCCUCGGCCGUACUUCGUUCCGCUCCUUGAGCAGGUUCUUGUCGGACUCCUUUCGUGCUACCAGUCCGACUGUCACGCGUCUCAUUGCUACUGUUGUCACUGACCCUUCCUUUGAGUCCACUGCUGCGUCUGCCCUAGUUGUUGAGCUCGUUGACUUUGCUGCUCGCUGUCGUCUAGACUACGCUGCCAAUCUUGUUGCUGCGUCUGAGUCAGUCUGUCCUCCGUCCGUCGGGGGUGAGUGUGCCCUUGGCACGGAUGUCCUUGAGGACAGGCAGGAGGAGUUCCAGUGUUUGGCUGCUGCUUCACCUCAUCUCGUGUCCGUACUGCGUACCCCUGAGGGAGACCCGCAUGCACUUGACAUCCCGACUCCGCGCUCUUACGCGGAGGCGAUAGAGGGUCCCUACUCCUCUCAGUGGCAGGCAGCUAUGGACGCAGAGAUGGCUUCCUGGAAGUCCACAGGCACCUACGUUGACGAGGUUCCCCCGCCUGGGGCGAACAUCGUCAGUGGCAUGUGGAUUUUCAGGCUGAAGCGGCCGCCGGGUUCUCCGCCUGUCUUCAAGGCGCGUUACGUGGCUCGUGGCUUCAGUCAGCGGCAGGGAGUUGACUACUUUUAUACCUUCUCUCCCACCCCGAAGAUGACCACUCUUCGGGUACUGCUGCACAUAGCUGCUCACCGUGACUACGAGCUACACUCUCUUGACUUCAGCACUACUUUCUUCCAGGGCAGCCUCCACGAGGAGAUCUGGCUGCGCCGCCCACUUGGCUUCACUGGGACUUUUCCUCCUGGCACCCAGUGGAGCCUGCAGCGGCCAGUCUACGGUCUCCGCCAGGCACCGCGUGAGUGGCACGACACACUGAGGACUACGCUUGCGGCUCUUGGGUUUGCUCCCUCUACUGCCGACCCGUCGCUGUUUCUGCGCACCGACACUUCUUUGCCGCCGUUCUACAUCCUCGUGUACGUCGACGACUUGGUCUUUGCCACAGCUGACACUGUUGGACUCGCCCACGUGAAGUCCGAGCUGCAGAAGAGACAUACGUGCAUAGACGUGGGUGAACUGCGCAGCUACCGUGGCUUGCAGAUCACCCGGGACAGAGCACGCCGCACCAUUACCCUGACUCAGUCACACAUGGUGCAGCAGGUCCUUCAGCGCUUCGGCUUCACGUACUCCUCGCCUCAGGCCACUCCUCUGCCUACUCGCCACUCGCUCUCAGCUCUGCCUUCGGAUGAGUCCGUAGAGUCGAGUGGCCCGUACCCAGAGCUUGUUGGCUGCCUCAUGUACCUGAUGACCUGCACACGACCUGACCUUGCAUACCCUCUUAGCAUUCUUGCACGCUAUGUUGCUCCUGGGAGACACAGACCGGAGCACAUGGCUGCAGCGAAGAGGGUGUUGCGCUACUUGUGCAGUACGUCGGGCAUGGGGCUUGUGCUUGGAGGUUGUGAGGCUGAGAUCUACGCAGGGGCCAUGGCUGCACAGGAGCUUCGCUGGCUCACCUACCUGCUGACUGACCUCGGAGAGCCGCCUCGUUCUCCUCCAGUGCUGUACGUAGACAACAAGGCCAUGCUGGCCUUGUGUCGGGAGCAGAGACUGGAGCACAGAACGAAGCACAUUGCUCUUCGCUACUUCCUUGCUCGUGAGCUACAGCAGCGUGGUCAGCUGCGCCUUGCGUACGUGGCCUUUGAGGCUAACACUGCUGAUAUCUUCACCAAGGCACUUGCGCCUUGUGAUCAUCAGCGCUUCUGUACUCAGCUCGGUCUUGUGCCUACCUUGCCUCACUUGCUCACCCCUUGA